UCGAGCUAUUUGAUCAGUUUGUGGUUCAAGCUCAACACAUUUCAGUGGAUAUAUCUGAUCAUCCCUACGUGUGUGCCCCUUUACGUGAUUCUAAACCCUUUUGUCGUCAUGGCUGGUACCAUUAUUGCGGCCUUAUCAGCAUGCUCUCCUGCUAACCAUUCACUAAGAACAACAUUGGUGACAAAGAUUAGUGGAGGAUCAGACAACGUGAUUCCUCUUGGCAUGAAAUCAAACACGAAACCGUCUUUUAGGGGGUUGAGGGUUACAGCAAAGACCCAAGCACCUGAAAAGAUCAAUGAUUGCGUUUAUCGGGGAAACUUCACAAUCAGAUCGUUCGAGAUUGGCCCUAAUCGGAUGGCAACUAUAGGAACAUUCUUGAAUCAUUUACAGGAAUCAGCUGCUAACCAUAUUAAGGAUAUUGGGCUGAUGGGUGAUGGAUUUAAUUCGACGCCAGAGAUGAGUAAAAGAAAUCUAAUAUGGGUUGUUGCUAAGAUGCAGGUUAUCGUAGAUCGCUAUCCUUCUUGGGGUGAUGUUGUUGAAAUAGAUACCUGGUUUGGUGGUGCGCCUACAAUGAAUGGUUUCGCUAUCCAUUGGCUUCUUCGUGAUGCCAAUACUGGUGAAACUCUCGCUCAAGCUAAUAGUGUGUGGAUUAUGAUGAAUAAAAACACAAGAAAAUUGUCUAGAAUACCAGAGGAAGUUAGAGAUGAAAUAACACCUCAUAUAAAGGAUUACCGUGUCUGGGAUGACAUCAAACUGUCAAAGCUUCAUGACAACGAAGCUGACUCCGUACAAACUGGUGUAAUUGCACGCUGGAGUGACUUAGAUGUUAACCACCAUGUGAAUUUUGCCAAGUACGUUGGAUGGAUUCUCGAGAAUUCUCCUAUUCCGAUCUUAAAAAGCCAAGAGCUUUGUGACCUAUCUCUAGAGUUUAGAAAUGAAUGUGGAGUUGGUGAUGAGCUAAAGUCUUUGACAAGAGUCGUUGAAACUGAUGGUCAUACUGAAUGUCAGCACAUGCUUCAAUUUGAGAGCGGAGGGGAGGUUAUGAGGGGGAGAACUAAAUGGAGGCCAGCUAAACAAACCAAUGCAGAAAAUCUCCGAAGUCUGACUUAAUAAAACUUCAUUCCACCACAAAAUUUACGGACAAAUCCACUUUUCAUUUUAGCAAUACUUUUCCUUAUGCUAAUACCUAUUCCCAUUUACUUCAAGUUCUACCUAAAUUAUUCCAAAAAAAAAAACAAACGUUUGAGUGUGUUUGACCGUUAAUAAAAAUGUAAGUUAAUAAGAUUUUUUUUCUUUCUGUUUCAGUGUGUUAUUUCUGUUUCAACUGUACACGUCUGUGUGUCACAAUGGCCAAGUGUUGUAGUCUCCAAUUGUAAUGACAGCAUG